AUGGCGCGUCGGGCGUAAGGCGAAGCGCGCCCCCCGCUACGCGGCCGCUACCUGCUCCCGAGCGUGAGUGCGGGCUGCGGGCCGUGCGCGUGCGCGCUGGGAGGGGGCGCGAGGCGGGCGCGCCGGGCCGUUGCGGGCGCGUGGCUGCCGAGGUAGCGGCAGCGCGCCGGAAGGGCCGCUAGUUGCGUGGCCUCGUCCUGCGCCCGGGGUCACCGACAGUCGUGGCGGCCGCCGGGGACCGCAAGGGGCGGAGGAAAGCGGGGGGCGGCGGGGCCCGCUCCCGGCACGCGGAGGAUCAGCCGAGCAUGCCCCGAGACAACAUGGCCUCCCUGAUCCAACGGAUCGCCCGCCAGGCGUGCCUCACCUUCCGGGGCGGCCGGCGCGUUUCCGAGCGCGGCGAGGCGCCGGGCCCCGGGGAAGCCGCGCCUCCGGGCUUCCCGGAGAACCUGAGCAAGCUGAAGGGCCUGCUGACCCAAGUGCGCGCCGAGGACUUGAACAUCGCCCCGCGCAAGGCGACGCUGCAGCCGCUGCCGCCCAGCCUGCCGCCGGUCACCUACAUGCACAUCUACGAGACCGAGGGCUUCAGCCUCGGCGUGUUCCUGCUCAAGAGCGGCACGUCCAUCCCGCUGCACGACCACCCGGGCAUGCACGGCAUGCUCAAGGUGCUGUACGGCACCGUGCGCAUCAGUUGCAUGGACAAGCUGGACGCGGACGGCGGGCAGCGGCCGCGGGCCCCGCCGCCCGAGCAGCAGUUCGAGCCGCCGCUGCAGGCGCGGGAGCGGGACGCCGUGCGGGCCGGCGUGCUGCGCUCCCGGGCCGAGUACACCGAGGCCAGCGGGCCCUGCGUCCUCACGCCGCACCAGGACAACCUGCACCAGAUCGACGCCGUGGACGGGCCCGCCGCCUUCCUGGACAUCCUGGCCCCGCCCUACGACCCCGACGACGGCCGGGACUGCCACUAUUACCGGGUGCUGGAACCCGUGCGACCCAAGGAGGCCGCGGGCUCGGCCAGUGACCUGCCCCGAGAGGUGUGGCUCCUGGAGACGCCGCAAGCCGAUGACUUCUGGUGCGAAGGGGAGCCCUACCCGGGUCCCAAGGUCUCCCCUUGAAGUCGCCGGCCGCGUCCGGGAGCCUUGGCCGCAGACCGACCCCCCCCCGCCCCCACUUGGAUCUGGGCUUCACCUCCCGGCACCCACAAGGGCUCUCUCCCUGCGCCCCCACCCCCGCCAGGCCUGGCAUGCGGGGCUCCUGGAACGGGCUGUUGGCGCUGCGGGGGUCACUGCUGUGCCAUUGGGAGCAGGGGAGCAAGAGGCUCUGUCACUGCCACCAGUUUGUAUGGGGGGAUUGGGGCAGGGAAUAGCUGAAGCGCUUCCAUCCUAAAGCCAUAAUGAAGAGAUUCUUUCUGCUAUUCUGCAUCCUACACAAAAUACAUUAAAUGGUCCUCCCUUUCCGCCCCCCCUCCCCGCCUUAGGUAAAUAGAGUUUGUUUUUCCACUUUUAUCCGCAAGCCAUCUCCUUAUUACCAUUUUUAACUUACUGACCGUGCAUGACUCAGUUGUUUAAAUUGUUCUUAGUUCAAGUCAUUGGUUAAAAGCUAAAUUUCAAAAACUCAACAGUUUAAAUUGAAUUGUCCUGUUCCGUUGCUUUUGAAAAUUAACUUUUUUUUUUCUUUUCUCAAGUUGGCACCCCCAGGAUAUAGCUACUCAUGCAGAGGACAAAAUUUACUUUCUUUGUCUCUCUGGACCAUCUCUGGUUCAUUUGGGCAGCAUCUAUCUACUGAGGUACUCUCAACACCUGUGUAACUCAGGUACAGAUGGUCGCUUAUAGCCCCCCACCGACCUCCAGAUGUGAGUUAAGCAGAGUUCCGAUUAGAAACUCACCCUUAAUGCGAAGGAUCUUCGGAGUGACAUUUUCAUUCUAGUAUAAAAGACAAUUUUCUGUCUUAACCAGAAGAUGCAGAAUCAGUAUGCUUCCAAACUUUUGAAUGUCACACUCCUCUAGCCAGCUGUUGAAUUCCAUGCCCUAUUUCACUCUCGAUUUUCCUGUAAAAAUAGAGAAAAAUAUUAUGUUGAUGACUUGAAAUUCUCUCGAUAACUCAGAUGUUCAGAGAGCCGAUGCUUUUGCUUGGCCCGAGGGGCCAGGUUCUCACAACCCUCCAACAGGAGUCAGAGCCUGCUUGCUGCAGUUUGGUUUCUGUCAGAGUGGGAAGGCGCCGUGAUCAGCUUCAGAGAACUGAGAAUUAACUGUUGGUUGCUAUUCAGUGGCACCCAAACGUGGUACAAAAUAGUUCUCCCAGUUUUUCAAACAGUUGUGCUGUGACUGGUUUGAUUAUUACCAUUUAUUUGAUCAGCUGGGCAAUUUUUCAUUACUUACAAAUACAGUGACAUCAUUUGCUUUAAACUACAGAAGCCUCUUGUUUCCCACUUUUUACUAUUGAUAGGAUUUUGUUGUCAUUCACAUAACAUAAAAAUAAAACUGUAGAAAUAAACACUAAAUUUUUUUCAAUGGCUGUCUAGGCCCUCCGGAUUGACUUGGCCCUGUGGCUAUCAAGUUCUAAUAUCUCUAAUAAAGGAUGAUGUACUAGUAACAGAAAGUCUUAAGCCCUGUCCCAAAACUGUAUUUACCUUUUAAACCUCUUUACUAUACACACAGGGCUCCACAAACAGAGUGAAAGAAGUUUUUUCUCCCCAAUUUUAAAAGCAAUGUAAAAGCAAAUUCUUGGUGAGUGAUUUUUUAAAACAAAAUGAUGCAUAUUCAAGGUUGCAUACCAAUGUGUUGUAAACCUGACUGGCAUAACGCCAAGCAUUUCCUCCAGGGUUGCUAAAAUUGUUUUAUGGUAGCUUCACAUUCUGGUGGUUUACUAUGCCUUGGGGGUAGUUUGAAGCUAUUCUUUACCAGUUCAGUUUAAAAAUAAAUUCUGGAUAUGCAAAUGAUUAUCAUUUGUGAAAAGUUUUCACAGUAUGGGUUCCUCUCCUGGUAUAGCAAUGAAUAUAUAUGGUUAGCAGUCAUAUACUUAGCUAUUUUGAAUUGUAGCAAAGUUGAUUAAUUUACAAAGAUUCUUGAUACUGAUGUAUGUGUUCCUAAUAUAAGCUGGAAUAUAUUAGACUUGCAAAAAUUCAUUCUGACAGAACAAUAAUAAAGGAAGAUAGUGUUCCUUAAACUUUAUUAUGAAAAGUUCCUAAGUACAAGUGAGUUGGUUGAAAACAGUUAAGGUGCUUUUCAAAUAAGACUAUCUGAAAUUUUGCAUGCCAAAAUAGCAAUAUAAGAUCUCUAAUUUAAUUCAAUAAGAACAAUGGAACUUUUAGUUCACUAAGAAAAUCUGAGUAAUGUGAAAGUAAGAUGUAACUUUUACUAAACUAAUGAAAGCAUAAUCUUAUUACACAGACAGAAUGUGUUGCAAAAAACCCUUGCACAUUUCUGCAUAAACUGUUAGUUAUGACUGACUUCAUGCGCUGCUACUGUGUUUAUAUGUAUUCCUGCCACAUAGACUAUUCAAUACAUCUGUGGGAAAAAGUUGUCUUCCCUUCCUAAAGACUAAUGAGCACAAUGAUACUGAACACUUUUCUGUUGAAUAACUAAUGCAAUAAUUGCCUCUCAUGGGUGAGUUGUCUGUCUACUAUAAAGCUUUUAAAUUAUCUGGUUAUAUCAAUGGCCAAUUAUGUCAAUGAAGAAUAUUGUAUGCCUACCUACUAUUUGAUGAGAAUUGAUUUUUCAUACGCCUGAGUAGCAUGAAUUAAGUUUACAUCAGCUGCUGUUUAUUAAUGAAAAAUGGUGGUCUCUUUUUUCAGUAACACUUUUGUUAACGGGAGUGGGUUCUCUGACCUUUCAACACAAACAGCCCCUACAAUCUUCUAAAACACACAUACUUGAUCAUGGUCCUUUUGUAGGUGCCUUGGUCUUGGCACUUGAUGAGGACUUACUCAUCUAAUCCAGUGACUGAAUCUUGUACUCUAGCUCUGCUUUUCAAAAAAAAAAAUAUAUAUAUAUGUAUAUAUAUACACACACACACACACACACACACACACACA